AUGGGCAAGAUUGAAACAACAGUGAGCUCAAGAAAACGCCACAACCCUCUCGAGAGGGAUAUCGCGUCUGACGGUGGCAACCUCAAGAAGAGAUUCCCAGGUUCAAGUGAGAAGGGCAGUUCUCAACAUGAUGGCUUUUAUGAUGCCUCCAUAUCUAGGAAGAUUUUAAAGCUAGCGAAAAGCCAGCAAGAAGAAUUAGAUGAGGAUACUAAUUCACAGGUCUCUGUGGCGCUUGAACUGGAUGAUGAACUGCAACGCAGUGUUUCAGACAUGGAGGAGUACGACAUGGCCAUGGAUCAAGCCAUAUUGUCAGACAAUGACUACGAGGAAGAAAGCCAAGUCAUUUUGCAUAAUGAGAACGAUCAAAGCUUAGUCGAUUCUUACUUUGGUAACGCUGAACAAGCCACUGUCACUUUAGCCGACAAGAUCAUGGCUAAGAUUCAAGAAAAGGAAUUAAGACAAGCUUCGGCUGACGAUAUCGUGUCCGAUCAGCAGGGUGUCCGUCUUCCUCCGAAAGUUAUUGCUGCUUAUCAGAAAAUAGGGCAGAUUCUCUCGACCUAUAGACAUGGUAAGCUUCCGAAGCUUUUUAAAGUACUUCCUUCAUUAAGGAAUUGGGAAGACGUUCUCUUCGUUACAGAUCCUGGCUCUUGGACACCCCACGCAGUUUGCGAAGCCACAAAGCUCUUCGUGUCCAAUUUGUCGUCGAAUGAGGCCCAGAUAUUCAUUGAGACGGUUUUACUCCCCAAGUUUAGGCAAUCGAUAGAGGAUAGUGACAACCACACUCUAGAUUAUCAUCUAUACAGAGCACUCAAGAAAUCCUUAUACAAACCGGCUGCAUUUUUCAAAGGAUUCCUUUUACCCUUGGUCGACGAUCAGUGUACACUUCGCGAGGCCAUGAUAGCAUCCUCUGUCCUUUCGAAGAUAUCCAUUCCUUCAUUGCAUUCUUCAGUUGCUCUCACACAAUUAGCGCAAAGAAGUUACACCCCGGCUAGAACGGUAUUCAUCCGAGUUCUCAUUGAAAAGAAAUAUGCUUUGCCAUACCAGACCUUGGAUGAUCUCGUUUUUUAUUUCAUGCGAUUCAGACAAGCUUCCAACGAUGAUCAAAUACUUGCUGAAGAUGCUGUGUUGCCAGUCGUAUGGCAUAAGGCUUUCUUAGCUUUUGCUCAACGGUAUAAGAAUGACAUUACGGACGACCAGCGAGACUUUUUACUUGAAACAUUAAGACAAAGAUUCCAUGGCGCCAUCGGCCCAGACAUCAGAAGAGAGUUAGUCAGCGGUAGUAACCGGUCUACAGCUACAGAUGAUUUGGCGAUGGAACGUGCUUUUUAA